CUGUAUCCUGAUUGGCCGGGGCACUCCUGGAACGCAGGCUGUGUUGUCGCUUCUCAGUGACGAGUCAGGAAGCGACUUCCACUGAAAAUGUUCAGGAAACCGAACCGCAACCUUCGGGUCCGGAGAGCGGAGUCCAGCGGGGAUGAUAAGGAGGAAGAAGAAGGGGACCGGAGCAAGGUGGAAAGGCAGAGGAGGCCCGGCGGACGGGGACUAAGUUGUGGAACUAAGAAAAGGAAAGAUGAGGAGGAGGAGGCGGCAGCUAUAGAGAAGGGGGACACCGGGGACCCAGCGGAGACCUCCUCCGGGACUGCCGGCCUGCUCAGCUUCACCGAGGAGAGAGAGGGUGAAGAGAUGACCUUUAAGAUCAAGAAGCCGAGUGUAAACGCAGUGGUGUUUAACGUUCAGAAAAGACCAGAAAAUGUUAAAGUGGCCAGCAGAUCUCCAGAUGGUGAUUCACAAGGCAGCAGCAAUUCAGAACAGGAGAACAGUGAAUCUGAAGACCUGGAAUGUUUUAAGGAAGAGUCCUCAGGAUCUGCAAGCACUAGUACAUCUUCAUCUUCUUCUCCAUCUCAACCAUCGCGGGCAGGUGAAAUCCCAGACGCCAAUAAAAUCCGGGCAGCUCGCAGACAGCGAAAACUGGCGCGGACUAAAGGAGCUUUCAUAUCGUUACAUGUGUCUCAUGAAGUCUCAGAUUCUAGCCAGUCCGAAAGUGACAAUGAGCUGGAUGAUCAUGAGAGGAGGAUCAAGUUUGCUCCUGGGGUGAAAUCUUUAAAUGAGCAGAUGGCUGAAGAAAUGGCAUCAAGCAGUGACUCAGGCAGUGACUCGGGCAGUGAAAAGCAAAAAGACAAUGAUGAGCAGGACCGCUGGGAGGAGCAGCAGAUAAGAAAAGCUGUCAAAUAUCCACAGGCUAUGAGUGAGCAUGCCUUGCGUGGAGACAGUCCACCUCGAGUAAAAAGGCAUGUGGAGCCAAAGCUGCCAACGGUCACUAUGGAGGACAUAAAAAAGAAGCUGACAACAAGAAUAGCCUCCAUUCAGGAGGUGCAUCGCUCUCAUGUGCUUGAGAAUGAAAAAUACACGCAUGACCUGGAGAAUUCUAAAACUGUACUUGAAAAAUUGGAGAGCUCGUCAAGUGAACAGAGUGUCAAAUUCUUCAAAAAGAUGAAGAUUUAUGUAGAAAAUUUUGUUGAUUGUCUUAAUGAAAAGAUUCAUCAAAUUAAUGAACUAGAAGCAGAAAUGUUUCAGAUUUUGGAAAAUCGAGCCGCAACUCUAUUGAAGCGCAGGCAGGAUGAUCUCCGCAAUGAGUCGGUUGCAGUUCAGAAGCUCUCUGGAAAUAAAGUAACAAGUGAUGUGGAAACGGUAGACGACAUAGUAGAGAAGCAAAUUCAGGAUUGUGAACUACGGAGAAGGAAGAGGCGAAAAAGGCGGCAGGAGACUGGAGAAGAUCACUUUGAAGGAAUGUCCAGUGAUGAUGAGCUGACCGCAGACCUACAAAAUAGCAUCCAGAAAAGUCGAGGAAACCUCUUAGUACAGUGCAGGACCAUAUUGGAAGAUGUCCAUGAGGACUUCUGCCGAGUCAAGAAUGUAUUGUGUACAUUUCAUGAAUGGCGAGUGAGGUUUUCCGAGUCCUAUUAUGAUGCUUAUAUUAGCCUCUGUCUUCACAAGAUUCUAAAUCCACUGGUCCGUUUGCAGCUGAUAGGAUGGAAUCCUCUGGAGGAUGUCACCGAUUUGGACCAGAUGCCGUGGUACUGUGAUCUUGAAGAGUUUUGCUUUGCUAAGGAAGAACAUGAGAACAACAUAGAGGAAAAUGCAGAUCACAAAGUGCUGUCAGCAGUCAUUGAGAAAACUGUAGUUCCUAGAGUUUGUGGUUUUAUUGAGCAUGUGUGGGAUCCUUUGUCCUCACAGCAAACAGAAAGGCUGGUGUGCUUCUGCAAGACACAUGUACUGGAGAAUGAGUCCAGCAAGACUGUGAAGGAUCUCAUUGCUUGUCUGGUUUCAAGGCUAAAAAAGGCCAUUGAAGAUGAUGUUUAUAUUCCUCUUUAUCCCAAAAGAGUAUUAGAAGACAGAAACUCUCCACAUUCUAAGUUUCGAGAGAGACAAUUCUGGUCAGCUGUGAAAUUGCUGGGCAAUGUGACACGCUGGGAUGGAUUUCUUGAAGAAGAAACUCUCCAGGAACUGUCUCUUGACAAGCUUCUGAACCGAUACCUCCUGCUGGUACUGCUUAACACCGAGCCAAAUAGUGAUGCAGUCACCAAGUGCAGCAAGGUCGUAGAGUGUCUUCCACAAAGCUGGUUUAAGGGCAUUGAAAGCGGAUUAUCUUUGGCAAAGCUUGCUAAUUUUAGUAAACACAUGGAACAGUGCAUCCAUGCUCUACAGAAACAGAAUGACAGGAAAAGUAUGGAGAUGCUGACAUCUUUGUUGAUGAAGAUAAAAGCUCAGAACUCUGCAGAGGAAGUUAUGAAGAAGUACAGCAUAGCACUGAGAACAUGACCAGCAUCUCUAAAACGAGGCCGUCCCGUCACAGCACUCUUACAUGAUAUUCUGUUUAUUGCCCGAAUACCUUUUUAUAAUUCAGAGUUCGUUAUUUUUUCCAUAUGCGGUUAAAGUGUAAAUUUACCUUUAUAAAAUAUUCUACAAAUAUUA